CCGUCAUAUCGCGAUAGAAAGACUCCUCCUCGGAGCUAACGCUGAGCAACAUGGCGGAAGAGGAGGUGGCCAAGCUGCAGAAGCACCUGGCCCUGCUUCGGCAGGAGUAUGUGAAGAUGCAGCAGAAGCUGGUGGACACAGAGAGGCGCUGUGCUGUGCUUGCUGCCCAGACCUCUGGUCAGGGUUCCUCCAGCCCUGCAGCUGCAGACACUUUCAUUAGCCGUCUUCUGGAGAUCGUGGCUGACCUCUAUCAGCAAGAACAGUACAGUGAUCUGAAAGUGAAAGUUGCCGGGGAGAAUUUCAGCGCCCAUAAGUUUGUGUUGGCUGCUCGCAGUGAUGUUUGGAGUCUGGCUAACCUGGCCUCCACCUCUGAACUGGACCUAUCUGAUUGCAAGCCUGAGGUUGCCAUGGCGAUGUUGCGCUGGGCAUACAAAGAUGAGUUGGAACUUAGUGAAGAUGAUGCCUUUCUCAUUGACCUGAUGAAGCUGGCUAACCGCUUCCAGCUUCAGCUGCUUCGAGAGAGGUGUGAGAAGGGUGUAAUGUCCUCAGUAAAUGUCAGGAACUGCAUUCGCUUCUACCAAACUGCAGAGGAACUAAAUGCCACCACCCUGAUGAACUACUGUGGGGAGAUCAUAGCCAGCCACUGGGAUGAUCUGAGGAAAGAGGACUUCAGCACCAUGAGUGCCCAACUUCUGUACAAGAUGAUCAAAUCUAAAACAGAAUUUCCUCUCCACAAAGCCAUCAAAGUUGAACGAGAAGAUGUGGUCUUUCUUUAUCUCAUUGAGAUGGACUCGCAGUUACCUGGCAAGCUGAACGAAUUAGACAACAAUGGUGACUUGGCAUUGGACCUGGCACUCUCUCGCAAAUUGGAAAGUAUUGCCACUACUUUAGUUAACAACAAAGCUGAUGUGGAUAUGGUGGACCAGAGUGGCUGGAGUCUCCUCCAUAAGGCAAUCCAAAGAGGUGAUGAAUUUGCAUCCAUCUUCCUGAUUCGCCACUCUGCUCAGGUGAAUGCUGCCACAGUAGGUGCGGUGGAAACCCCACUUCACCUGGUCUGCUCUUUCAGCCCCAAGAAACACUCUGUGGAAGUGAUGAGUGGCAUGGCACGAAUCGCUGAGGCUCUGCUCAAAACUGGAGCCAACCCCAACAUGCAGAACAGCAGGGGCAGAACUCCCUUGCAUGAAUCUGUGGCAUCAGGGAAUGAGCCAGUGUUCAGCCAGCUACUACAAUGCAAACAGCUUGACCUGGAACUCAAGGACCAUGAGGGCAGCACAGCUCUGUGGCUCGCCCUGCAGUAUAUCACUGUGUCCUCUGGCACAUCAGUAAAUCCAUUUGAGGAUGAUGUACCAGUCGUGAAUGGCACGUCAUUUGAUGAGAACAGUUUUGCAGCACAGCUCAUCCAGAGAGGAAGCAACCCAGAUGCACCCGACAAUACCACAGGAAACUGUCUCAUGCAGAGAGCAGCUGGGGCAGGCAACGAGGCAGCAUCUCUUUUCCUGGCUACCCAUGGAGCAAAGGUCAACCAUGUCAACAAAUGGGGUGAGAGCCCGCUUCAUACAGCAUGUCGCUGUGGCCUUGCAAGCCUGACAGCAGAGCUGCUCCAGCAAGGGGCCAACCCCAACCUGCAGACCCAGAAAGCCAUGCAUGACGAAAGCAAUGGUGUGGCUCUGCAGUCCCCUCUCCACAUGGCCAUUGCUCACAACCAUCCAGAUGUUGUCUCUGUCAUCCUUGAGCAAAAAGCCAAUGCACUUCAUGCUACCAACAACUUCCAGAUAAUACCUGACUUCAGUCUCAAAGACUCCAUGGACCAGACUGUGUUGGGCCUCGCCCUCUGGACAGGUAUGCACACCAUAGCAGCUCAGUUGUUGGGCUCAGGCGCUUCUAUCAACGACACUAUGUCCAAUGGACAAACCCUUCUUCACAUGGCCAUCCAGAGACAGGACAGCAAAAGUGCCCUCUUCCUUCUUGAACAUCAGGCAGACAUCAAUGUUAGGACCCAAGAGGGACAAACAGCAUUACAGUUGGCCAUCAGUAACCAGCUCCCCCUGGUGGUAGAUGCCAUUUGCACAAGAGGAGCUGAUAUGUCUGUAGUUGAUGACAAGGGCGACCCUCCACUGUGGCUGGCUCUGGAGAAUGGCCUGGAAGAUAUUGCCUCCACACUGGUCCGCCAUGGCUGUGAUGCGACGUGUUGGAACAUAGGGCCUUCAGGAUGCCAGCAGACCCUCCUGCACAGAGCUGUUGAUGAGAAUAAUGAGGUUUCUGCCUGCUUCCUCAUCCGCAGUGGGUGUGAUGUGAACAGCCCCAGGAAACCAGGUCCAAAUGGAGAAGGAGAUGAAGAAGCCCGGGAUGGACAAACGCCUCUACACCUAGCAAGCAGUUGGGGGUUGGAGGAGGUGGUGCAGUGCCUUUUGGAGUUUGGAGCUAAUGUUAACACACAGGAUGCAGAGGGCAGAGCUCCCAUCCAUGCUGCCAUCAGCAGCCAGCACAACGUCAUCAUACAGCUCCUCAUUUCCCAUCCAGACAUUCGUCUUAAUAUUCGUGACCGCCAAGGAACGACCCCCUUCGCCUGUGCCAUGACACACAAGAACAACAAGGCUGCAGAGGCGAUCCUCAAGAGGGAGCCAGGUGCUGCUGAGCAGGUGGACAACAAAGGGCGUAAUUUUCUCCAUGUGGCGGUGCAAAAUUCAGACAUUGAGAGUGUCCUGUUCCUCAUCAGUGUCCAAGCUAAUGUCAACUCCAGGGUUCAGGAUGCAGCCAAACUCACACCCCUCCAUCUGGCUGUCCAGGCUGGAUCUGAGAUCAUUGUUCGCAACUUGCUGCUUGCUGGAGCCAAAGUAAAUGAGCUGACAAAACACAGGCAGACAGCGCUACAUUUGGCUGCCCAACAGGACCUGGCCACUAUUUGUUCUGUGUUGCUGGAGAAUGGUGUAGACUUUGCCGCUGAGGAUGAAAAUGGAAAUAACGCUCUGCAUCUGGCUGUGAUGCAAGGCCGCCUUAAUAAUGUCAGAACCCUUCUCACAGAGUCCAACAUUGAUGCUGAGGCUUUUAAUCUCAGGGGUCAGUCACCAAUGCAUGUACUUGGCCAUUAUGGCAAAGAGAAUGCUGCUGCCAUUUUUGAGUUGUUCCUGGAGUGUAUGCCGGAAUACCCUCUGGACAAACCAGACAAUGAAGGGAACACAGUUCUGCUCCUGGCCUACAUGAAAGGAAAUGCGAAUCUGUGCCGUGCAAUUGUGAGAGCUGGAGCACGGCUGGGCAUCAAUAAUAAUCAGGGCAUCAAUAUUUUCAACUACCAAGUUGCAACUAAACAGUUGCUCUUCCGCCUUCUAGACAUGCUGUCCAAAGAGCCGCCUUGGUGUGAUGGGUCCAACUGCUAUGAAUGUGCUGCCAAGUUCGGGGUUACAACGAGGAAACAUCACUGCCGCCACUGUGGGCGCCUCUUGUGUCACAAGUGCUCUAUAAAGGAGAUCCCCAUCAUCAAGUUCGACUUGAACAAGCCUGUGAGAGUGUGCGACAUCUGCUUUGACGUAUUAACUCUGGGUGGGGUAUCGUAAUGCAGUGGCCUGGAUCUCCCCCAACCUUUGACAGUGGCCAAGCCAGGAUCAACUUGACACGGAUAAUCAGGCACACCAGGACAUACAAACAAGAGAUCCCUGGACAGUAAUGGACCAUUGCCUUUAUACUAUUACAGUAUGAGAAACUAAUAACAUUCUAGAGGGACAUUUCAAAUAGAAAGUGAAACAUUCGUCUUUUUUGUUUCGGUUUCGAUCAAAGUGUCUUUGAGUGGAUAAAAGAAGCUCCUCCCGCUUGGUGACAGCCAGUUAGCCAAAAUAUGUGGAAAUGUUCAGUUUUAAUCACAGCAAAUUGGAAGAUUCUGACUAAAGUUUUUUUUCAUGACAACAACCUUCCCAUAAUCCUCCUCUUCAGAUAAAUAAUAGCCUAUUAUGCCUGUGAAUGUCGAUUUGUAGUCUUAAAGUAUCAUGGUCAUAAUCGAAAAUCAUUUGUUUGAAAAUCACUCACUAAAUAUUACAUUCCAUUUUUGACCUGCCAGGUCGUCAUCGGAAGAGUGUAGAGCCCACGAUGUUGCCUCAAGUCAACUUGUUUUCUUGACCCAUGAUGAUUAACGCUUUUGAUUUCUUAGCCUAACAGGUGCACUUUAUCAACAUCACAUGACAUUUCCGAUCAUUGGGUAGAAUGUGGAGAAGAGGGAGCGUCGGGCGGUGGGGCCUCUUUAAGUAUUGUUAAAUUGUACAGAUAAAUGUGUGAUAUUUUUGACCACUACAACUGUUUUGUACUUCAAUGCAGUUUGUGCUUGUCAUUGUGACAAACCUAAAUCUUGCCUCUGUUAAUCUUUUAUGCACAUUGUUUAAUCUUUUAUGCACAUUGUAUUGUAUCUGUAUGCUCAGAUAUCUAGCCUGUCUCUUUCUGGUGUAUCCUUUUAGAGAAAGGGACGACAACUUUACAUAAAGGUCAUCAAAAACAA